ACACAAAUUUCUUAUACAAGUGACUCAUUUUUAAAAAAUGAGUCAAUUGAGUCAAAUUGCUUCAUUUCCCAAUUGAUCCAUCCAAACGACCCCUAAUACUUUUUUUUUUAUUCUCUUAACCCCCAAUAUGCAUUGUGAUGAAGCUACUCAAUCGAGACUUUGAUUGAAUCCGUUCAAUAAGGUCUUUAAUUAGUUUAUCAAUACAGUACCAAAAUAUAAUGAAAUUGGGGUACCAAAUUUAUUUUAGAAUCAAAAUUGAAAUUUAUUUGAAACACUAUUCGAUAAUUGAAAUUUUGGUUUGAUACCGAGAUAUCAAUACCAUACCUUAGUAGCUUCUGUGCCGAUCCGAACCGGUUCCAUGUCCACUGGAAUAAGGUAAGGGGGAGAAAAACAAACCCAAACUUACCUAAAACAAAAAUUGCGAAUCAUCAAACCAACCCAGUAAGCUGCUAACCACCCCAAAUCGAACUGGUUUCUUCGUAAAUGUAAACCUAAUACGACGGUGAUUAUUUCAAGGUAAUAAAACGGUGGUCGUUCCAAAUACUUAAAGAGAAGAUGAUUAAUUCUUUCCGUUACUUAUUUCAGACCAUUUCACCUAAUAGUGUAAUUAUUUAUGGUAAUUAAAACCCCACCACAUACCAUUUCUUCCCAUCUCAAAUCAUUACCCCUAUGGUAUGUUGAGAUUUUGAGAUCUCUUUUCUGUAGUAAGUCGCCUGCAUUUUUGGCUCGAGGAUGACCAAAAAUGGUAAGCAAGAAGAAGAAUGACAAACAAUAUACCCUUUCCCUUCACAAAAAGAAUGAAUCCCUUCUUCACUGAUACAUAACAGUUGCGUUGCUUGAGCUUUCUUCACCUUCAAAACGACGAGAGAACAAGAACAAAAUGGUGAGGUACUCUGCUCCAUUGUUGCUGAGCUGCUUAUGCCUGAGCCUGCUGUUGGGGAGCUCUGAGUCACAACCUCGAUGGUACAGUAAUCAUAAGCACUAUUAUUACCGUGGUUCAAGGGCAACGCACUUAGGUUUCCCACGGGGAUCACAAGUCCGGCGAUCUUACUGGCAAAACGACGUCGGCCUUAUUAUGACCGCCAGCGGGGCGGCGGCGACGCUGCCUUACAGAACGGCGGUGGUUGAUCAGUCCGGCCACGGCGAUUUCAAGACCGUGCAGUCUGCUAUCGACUCUGUCCCUUCAAAUAAUACCAACUGGGUUUCCAUCCAAAUCAACGCCGGGACUUAUAGGGAGAAAGUGGUGAUACCGAAAGAGAAACCAUUCAUAAUUCUGAAAGGAAGAGGAAGAAGAAGGACUAAGAUUGUGUGGGAUGAUCACACGUCGAUAGAGUGCCCUACGUUCAUGUCCCUAGCCGAUAACAUCAUCGUCAAGGGUCUCGGCUUUGUGAACUCUUACAACUACGGUGGUAGUAGUGACAACGAAUUAUUGCCGGCGGUGGCGGCUGAGGUGUCGGGAGACAAGACUUCGUUUUACGGCUGUGGGUUCUCCGGAGUUCAAGACACUCUGUGGGACAAUGCCGGCAGACAUUACUUCAAGAGGUGCACUAUUGAGGGUGCCGUGGAUUUCAUAUUUGGAAAUGCCCAAUCUAUUUACGAGGAGUGUGCGAUAAGAGUAGUUAAAGGAGGAUUCAUCACAGCUCAAGCAAGAGAAACCGCAGAUUCUCCAAGCGGCUUUGUAUUCAAAGGAUGCACAGUCUCCGGCGUAGGCCUUUCCUACUUGGGAAGGCCAUGGAGGCCAUACGCUAGAGUCCUUUUCUUCAAGUCCAACUUCUCUCAAGUUGUGGAUCCCAGGGGAUGGGAUCCUUGGAAUCUUUCAGACCAGAAUGGAGUGAUCUAUGCUGAGUAUGGGAAUUUCGGACCAGGAGCAGACACAUCAAACAGGGUGAGCUGGGAGAAGAAGCUGUCAGUGGAUGUGUGGGAGAAGAUGACCAGUAUGUCUUUCAUCAAUGAGGAUGGAUGGCUAGAAAGGCAACCCUACUGACUCAAUCAAUGACACUGUUAUUAUAUUGUCUUUGUCCGUAGAUAAUGCUGCUGCAGGGAGUUGUAGCUCAGUAGGAAGUUACACUAAUUAUGCUCACUUAGUUUUAAGUGUAACUCUUCUGUUUUUUAAUCCUCCUUACUAAUGGAACCGAAAUGAAAUGAUCACAAAAGA